AAAAAAUAAUCAAACACUUCAGUAUAUCCUUAACAUAAUCACAUCGUCUGCUAAAGCGUUUUUUCUUCACUCCAUUUCUAUAUUCUGCAAAUUUCCGCACCUUGCUAUGGAUGAGAGGAUGAUAGGUGCUGCACAAACAGGAGACAUAAACAUCUUGUAUGAGUUAAUUCUGAAUGAUCCAUAUGUUUUUCAGCGUAUCGAUGAUGUACCUUUUUUCCAUACUCCUUUGCAUGUAGCAGCCUCUGCAGGGCAUAUUGAUUUUAUGAUGGAGAUGAUCAACUUAAAGCCAUCGUUUGCAAGAAAGCUAAACCAAGCUGGGUUUAGCCCCAUGCACUUGGCUCUGCAAAAUCAACACACUCAAGCAGUGCUUCGACUCCUCAGGUUUGAUGAAGGCCUUGUUCGUGUCAAAGGGCGGGAGGGCUUCACUCCUUUGCAUCAUGUGGUUCAAAAUGGAAAUGUUGAUUUUUUGAUCAAGUUCCUUGAGGUUUGCCCCGAGGCUAUUGAAGAUGUGACUGUUCGAGAUGAGACGGUUUUCCAUCUUGCCGUAAAAAAUGACAGGUUUGAAGCUUUCCAAGUCUUGGUGGGGUGGCUUAUAAGGAGCCGCCAUAAAGCUGCCAACCGUUGGGAGAAAGAACUACUGAGUUGGGCAGACAUUGAUGGCAACACUGUUUUACAUGUCGCUGCUAUCAGAAACAGACCUCAGGUGGUAAAAGUACUGCUGGAACGCUUGUGUGGUGACCAUAUCAAUGCCAAAAAUGCGGAGGGAUUGACUGCACUUGAUAUCCCAUCACAAUACCCAUUGGUUGAAGGGAAAGUGGACUAUAAGGCGUCCAUUAAAGACAUGAUAAGCAAAGCAGGAGGUUUGAGUGGUUCCUCGCUUCCCAAAACCUCAGUCCACAUCGAAUCUUUAAAAGGAAAGGUGUCAGUUCUUCAAAAAUUUGCAACAAUGGCAAGUCGUGGAAAGAAGGGAAUCCCACAUGAGAUGCGUAACACAUUUUUAGUGGUCACAGUGCUAAUUAUAACAGCCACAUACACUGCCACUUUGAACCCUCCAAAGCAGCCUGAUACCAUUUCAAAUUCCCGGAAUUUCCAUCUCAGGUAUGACGCAUCUGUAGGUUCAACCAGCACUGGACCCGCACCAACUCCUCCACCCGCUGAAGAAGAAAAAUUUAAAAAUAUACUAGACGUGUCCACAAUGUUUUGGUUAUACAACACUUUAACUUUUUGGGCAGCAACUGUUUUAACGGCCUAUCUCCUACCCAGCCGUUCAAUCUGCUUGUUUAUUCUCAUAACACUUUCCUUGUUUGGGACCUGUUACAUGCUUUUAGUUGCUGUUUCCAUACGGACACUCGCACUUGAGUAUUUGUUCUCUCUUUCGACUCCUGGAUCCGUUUCCUAUCCUCGUCUCAGCAUUGCUAAUUACUGCUUGGCAACGGUACUGGCUCUCGUGACGUUAUACAGGACAUCCUAUUAUAUGCUAUACAGGUUUGUACCCAAAAGAAGGUUCUUCCUCCUCCUACAAGUCGUUUCCCUUUGCAUCUUUGCUGGUAUUCUUGUUCCAGCUAUCCUAAAUUCCGAGACAAUAUUGGAGAUUACCGAAUACGGAAUGUAGAUUGACAAACGAAACUUGUUUAAAUGAGUCAAUUAGACUAUCAUUGUAGGGUUGGAUGCUGAUAUUAGUGUUUUGGAUUUAGAAGUUAAUAAUGCUCCUGGCUUUAUAGGCUGAUGACCAUGAGCAAUAUGUGAUUGUAGAGUCGGUUCAGAUUGAAAAGAAUAGACAUUUUGGUGAGCUCUGAUUUCUAGUUGUUGAAUGGGGGAAAGACUUUCUGAUGGGGAUGGUGGUAAGUGUUUCAAAUUUCCCUUUGUGGUCAAUGUUUAUGGGUUGAACUAUUUUUUUCACUCGUUAUUUUUGUGUUUGAAUUGAGAUUUGUUGAUAUUGUGGAUUGAUGAAUGAUUCUGGUUGUUACAUUUAAAUUUAAGUUAGAAUUUUGUACAAUUUGGUGAUUGAAAAUUUUUAUUAGCUAA